UCUUUUCUUCCGCUAGGGAAGGGAAGAUUCCGGCCUAGGGAGGUUGGGAUCAGGAAGCGCGCGGAGCGGCAGCGGAAGGAAAGAAGCGAAGGAGCGGCCGGCGACCGAGCAUGUCGCGCCGGGGCCAGCACGCCCUGCUGCUCCUCUCCGCCGUCGUGGCGUCCCUCGUCCCCGGCUCGACGGCCGGGGUGUACCACAUCGUCGGCGCCGGCAAAGGGUGGCGGGUGCCCCCCAACAAGACGUACUACGACGACUGGGCGCACACCAGGCACAUCAGCAUCGGCGACAAACUGAUGUUCCUGUACCGGAGCGGGGUGCACAACAUCGUGGAGGUGCCGACGCGAGCGCUGUUCGACGCGUGCAGCAUGCGGAACAUCACCAGCCGGUACCAGAACGGGCCGACCAUCAUCGAGCUCACCCAGCCGGGGCAACGCUUCUACUUCUGCGGCGUCGGCGAGCACUGCGAGGUCGGGCAGAAGCUCGCCAUCAACGUCGUCCUCGUCGCGCCGCCGCCGCCCGACACGCCCAACUCCGCCGCGGCGGCCACCGCCCGGCUCGCCCGCCGCGCGGGCCUCGCCGCCGCCUGCCUGGUGGCCGCUCUGCUAAUGGCGGUGUGA